UCCCCUUGUUUCCAUCUAAUUUCAGUGUACACUUGACAUGUUGAGCUGUAAUCUGGCAGUCAGUGUGCUAAAUUGUCUAUUACUUAAAUACUGUAUGGCUUAAGUCAGUUGUUUGUACUUUCUCUUAUACUCCAGAGUAUGUCGCCAUUGUACUUUUUAUACUGCACCAUCAGAAGAGCAAAUGAGGAGAACACACAUUUUAUUUACUAUCCAUUUUCUCAGUCCUUUUUAUUUUUCUCUCGCUCAGGUAAACCCAUCAUAGACAACAUUACAGAUGCCAUCUAUGGAAGCAGGAAGACCAUCUGUGUGAUCAGUCACAGAUACCUUGAGAGUGAGUGGUGCUCCAGAGAGAUCCAGGUGGCCAGCUUCCGCCUGUUUGAUGAGCAGAAGGACGUGCUCAUCCUGGUGUUUCUGGAGGACAUUCCCACCACUCAACUGUCUCCUUACUACCGCAUGAGGAAGCUUCUGAAGAGGCAGACCUAUUUGAGCUGGUCUCGAGCCUCAGAGCACCCUGAACUAUUCUGGGAGAGACUCCGCCAAGCUCUGAAGACCAGAGAGGAUCUCGGGGAGGAUGAAUUCAACCUGACUGUGACGGACAGACCGUGAUGGAAAAGGAAAUACAACCUUCUGUGAAAGGUUCAAUCCCAUUGUCGUCAACUGGUUUGAGGUUUCUCAAGCGACAACCUCCAGGGCUGAAAAAUGAAGCCAACAUGGAAGUGUCAAAAACUGCAGUUCCUUGAGUGUCCACUUGGGGCUGGCUACAGAGGCGACUUAAUCUUCAUCUACCCUCAUGUUUAAUUAUACAAUACAAUACGAUUCGAUACGAUAUACUUUAUUGUCCCAUAGGGAAAUUUGUCUUGGAUUCAUAUGUGCUGCAUACAAUAAAAACACAGAUAAAAAGUACCAACCAGUACCAGUAGAAUUGCCCAACUUUACAGCAGAAAUAAACAUGUUUACAGGCUGGUUUGGGUCUCUAUAGCUAAUUUCAACAUUCAUGACAACUGUACAGGGGGCAAAUUUUAAUAUAACUCAUCUUUUCACAUUUUAUGAAGGCUUAAAGUUCUCCAUAUUAUAGAACGUUAACAAGUGCAUUUUUGCAACAUCACCAUCUUGUGUUAUAUUAUAAAUAUUUUUCCUCCUGCACAAACAUUCUGCAGGGGUGUGAAAGCAUUCAUAUGAACCCACGAAACCAGUUAAUUGGUCUUUGUAAAUUUCCAUGAGGAUUUUUGUGACGAAAAUCAUGCUUUAAGUACGAGUGAAAUACAUGAAGCAUAGUGAGCGUGUGAGCUGUGCUUUUGACAGACGUGGCAGAGAACUGAUAACGAUAGAUAAUAAAUGGGUGAUGGAUUAUAUCAAUGGAUAAAUAAUUAAACAGAGCUAGAUGCCGAAAAAUGAUGUAUGUAAAAAACAAAACAAAAGGACUGACAACAGAUUGGUCCCAUCAAAAAUACUUAAAACAAGUAAAACAUCUGUGUAUGGGUCCCCCUGCUUGUCGGUUUGGUUUGAUAAAAAUCAUAAUUACUUUCGGAUUCAUUUUUCAAAUAGUCAACUACGGUAUAAACUAAUACUACCUAUGCCACAUUUUAACAUCUGAACAGUAUCACUUGACUCUUAUGGACAGAAUUCCGGGUUAUAACUGUGGUAACACUCACAGCAGGAGCGUAGAAAACAUGUUUCCACAUUGUCGUGAUA